AUGGUGGCCAUCCCGGAGGUGGACUUCUCGAGCCCGGACGCGGCCGAGCAGCUACGCCGCGCCUGCACGGACGUGGGCUUCUUCUACCUGGCGCACCACGGCAUCCCGGCCGCGCUGCUGGCGCAGGUGUACGCCGAGAUGCGGGCGUUCUUCGGCCAGCCGCUCGAGGAGAAGCGCAAGGUGCUGGCCAACGAGCAGAUGCGCGGCUACACGCUCAUGAACGAGGAGACGCUGGACCCGGCCGUGCAGACCCGGGGCGACACCAAGGAGGGCUACUACAUCUGCCGCCACGUGCCGCCAGACAGCGACGAGAUGCGGCUGCCGCUGCACGGGCCCAACGUCUUCCCGGACGCGGCCGCGUUCCCCACCUUCCAGGCCACCAUGGAGACGUACCACGCGGCCAUGUGCGCGCUGGGCUUCCGCGUGGCCCAGCUCUUCGCGGAGGCGGCGGGCCACAAGGGCCGCUUCGACGGCCCGGGCAUGUUCGACAAGCCCAUGGCGGCGCUGCGGCUGCUGCACUACGCGCCCGAGAAGUCGGACGUGGCCCGCGGCGUGUUCGGCGCCGGCGCCCACACGGACUACGGCCUCAUCACGCUGCUGUCCACGGACGCUACGGGCGGCCUGCAGAUCCGCCACGAGGGCCAGUGGGUCGACGUGCCGCCGCGCGCCGAAGCGUUCGUGGUCAACAUCGGCGACAUGGCCGAGCGGUUCACGAACGGCCGCUUCAAGUCCACGCUACACCGCGUGGUCAACACGUCGGGCCAGGAGCGCUACUCGGUGCCCUUCUUCUACGAGCCCAACUUCACGUGCGUGGUCGAGUGCUUCCCGAGCUGCGUGAGCGCCGAGAACCCGGCCAAGUACCCGCCCACGACUAGCGGCCAGCACCUCGUGGACAUGUACAAGCAGACGCACGCGUCGUUCGACGCUGAGGCGGCUGCGGCCAGUGACGAGCAACACAAGCCGUAAUGAGCUCAGAAGGCUGGAAUUGUUGAGAAAUAUGAAUUGACGGGGGGGGGGGGGUUAAAG